CGUCUACCAGUCAGUCAUCCGUGCUCCGUCGUGGGUGUGAGAUCGCGACGGACGAUUCGCUCGGUGUGGUUAUCCGCGACGACGCCUGAUAGUCUGGCACGCAGUGGUUAUCACGACGACGACGACGACGACGACGACGACGAGACGGGACGCGACGCGACGCGACAACGGGAUCAGACGCCAUUAUCGGGCGCGAAUUCGCAAACCGCAGGAUCCACCAAGUUUUCGGCUGUGCUCGCACUUGGGUGUAGCAGCCACGCAGCGCCCUGCACGUCCUCUCAUCUGCCGCGUCUUCCGCGUUCCUUCUGGAGCGGCAAGGCGUCGACCGAGGAGAAAGAUAGAGAAAGAAAGACUCAGCUGGCGGCGAUAUCCAGCGAGUGCGGACGCUCCAGAUCAGCGCCGGAUUUGCGAGGCGAGAGGAACGAGAGGAAGGCGUCUCUCCGUCGGACUCGGCCAGAACCUUGGCGGCAACAACUCGUCGGUUGCCUCUUGCGGUACGCCCAAGGGAGUGAUGCGACGCUCCGUGGUGACGUGAUCGACCUCUCGGUCAGCUACGCGGCGUGACCUCGUUCGCGAGUGGCUGGCCGUUUGCACACUUCUUCGCGGGUAAAAAGUCGCGUCGCCGAAUUUGCGUUUCGUACUGGGAGUGAGCGUUUCUUUUCAAGGCGGUGGAGCAUCUCUGAUACGUUCCCUUAACUCCCAUCCGUUUCUAUCUUUCUGGAAUUUCCACGUACCGGCAGGAACAGCAAGGGGAGACGUCGCAAUCCAGAUUCCAACGAGGUUGCUCACCCUUAUCUAGACAAUCAAGAGAGAGAGAGAGAGAGAGAGAGAGAGAGAGAAAAGCCGUCGUCGUUGUCUGUCAAAAUUGAAGAUCAGAGCGAGACGUUGAACGAGAUCGGAAAAGGCAAAGAAAGAUAACUCGAUCGAGAAGAGCGUUUUUGCGAAGGACUCGAAGGGACUGAAAAGGCCUCGACUUGUUCAUGUUCGGAACCGGGAAGAAAACGCGCGAGAAAACGUCGAGAAUAUAAGGGCACCUUCAUAACGAUUGAUCGAACGCUUGACAGGAAAAAGCCGGCAGAAUUGAGAUGUGUGCAAGAAAGGUCGUUUAUCGAAGCGUACUUUUCUGACGGCCGAAGAAAAGGGCACAACGAUAGGAAUCUGUAAGGUAUGACAAACGCGCAAGGAACGGAGCCUUGAUAACAAGAAGAAUCGAGACGACGGUGCUGCUAUUUGAAUCAUUUAUGAGAAAUUCUUCAUCAAGACGCACGACGCUCUUUCCGCUGCGUCGAGACUCUUCACGAAGAUAAGCGGCGAAAGUGCAACGGGGAAACAAACGGCCUAAUAACGAGACGCUCCUCGGGAAGCGUCUACCAGAAGCCAAUGAAAUGGACGGCUGGUUGGAACUAUGAGAGCCGAAAAACGACAAUCCAGGCGACCUUUGCGAAGCUGCGAGACCAGAUCGCAUGAAGAGUCCUAUCGACCGGAAGAAUCGAGGAGAACAAUCUGAUCCAACGAGGUCAGUGACCAAAUAACUGCGAGUCCAGCAGAGGAAAUAGAUUCUAGAACGACUCAGCGAACGAUGACGUACCCCCGCGACUCACCUUGAGGUUUGCACGCGACUCGUCGAGGGAAACAGCGUAGGGCAAGGUCGCGUUGGAUGUCCGCGUGGCGAGGUUGCCCGCUUAUCGGGAAGGUCGUUCGCGAUCGCCGCAGUGAUCGUUCGCGACGGUUGCGGACAUCCCUGGUGGCCGCAUAUACGACGUUAUCACGGAGAUCAUCCUGCCUUCCCCACUCGCGGCCACAUGACUUGACGGCCGCCACUUCCUCCUCCCGCUGCUGCUCCUUCCCGUUGGCGGCCACCGAAGGCGGCGGCGGCGGUGGCGGCAACGUCACGACGUCGACGUGGACGAUAGCUCGACGAGGAGUCAACGGCUGACAACGCUACGGUAGCGACUUAGUAUUUAACGAGUGACACGGGUUGCUGGCGAAUCAGUCGCUCGCCGGCAGCCGGUCCGCAGGUAUAAGACACGCGCGGGUGCCUGCUUACCUGCCUGCCUGCCUGCGUGGGAGAGAUCACGUGUUUAUAUGUGUGUUCGUGUGCGCGAUUUUUUCCUGGGUCGUCUCGCGUAUAUAGUAUAGAAGCAGAGCCCGAUAUAGGAAGAGAUUUCCGGCAGAAGAGAAUCGUCGGGGUUCCUGUACAACAGGAAUAAUAGAAGGGCAGAGGGUGGCACGAGUCCUGCCGGUGCUGUAAGAGUCUUUCUCCUCUUCCUUCUCGGCAACCGUGGUGCGUCGUAACGACCGUGGUGUUCGUCGUGGUGGCGCAGUGUUACCGUUGUGUCACUGCUAUCCUGGCAGGUGGAAGCGGUGGCGACGGUGGCGGUGGUGUUGGUGCUGGAUAUAUAUAGUGGUGGAUAGCGGUGGCCCGCGGGGGCGGCGAAACUGGAGCAGCAGCCGGUGACGGUCGUCGUCGUCGCUGCAGCGGAGGAGCUAUCAUGUGCACGCGGCGGAUUCUCGGACUGGCGGUCGUGGCCCUGCUGACUCUCGGCGGUCGAGCGCGCGCGUACACCAACCAGUGGGCAGCACACAUCGAGGGAGGAGAGGAGGUGGCCAGGCAGGUCGCCGAGGACUAUGGCUUUCGCUAUUUGGGCAAGAUAAACGAUGAUUGGUAUCACAUGGAGCACCGAUCCGUAGCGAAGAGAUCGACGGAGCCGCAUCUCGAGGUGCACCAGAGGCUAAUGAAAGACUCCAGAGUACGUCGUGCGGAACAACAGCGAGCGAAGUCGCGCACCAAGAGGGAUCUUAUAGUCAAACGUCCGUCCAAUUUAUUAACAAUGAUGAACGACGAGAGGUGGCCUCAAAUGUGGUAUCUGAAUAGGGGAAAAGGGCUGGAUAUGAACGUGCAGGGCGCCUGGUCAGAGGGGAUCACCGGGAGCGGCGUCGUAGUCACAAUUCUCGACGACGGAUUAGAGAAAGAUCAUCCUGACCUCUACAAGAAUUACGAUCCGCAGGCAAGCUACGACGUCAACAGCCAUGACGAGGACCCGAUGCCGAGGUACGAUCUGGUCGAUAGCAAUAGACACGGCACCAGGUGCGCUGGAGAGGUCGCAGCCACUGCCAACAAUUCUAUUUGUGCCGUAGGCGUUGCUUUCGGAGCUGGCGUGGGUGGUGUCCGUAUGCUGGACGGCGACGUGACGGACGCCGUCGAGGCAAGAUCCUUGAGUUUAAAUCCCCAACACAUCGACAUUUAUAGCGCAUCGUGGGGACCAGAUGACGAUGGUAAAACCGUCGACGGUCCAGGUGAACUGGCCACUAGAGCUUUCAUCGAGGGCAUUACGAAGGGUCGUAAUGGCAAGGGCUCCAUCUUCGUGUGGGCGUCUGGGAACGGCGGCCGAGACCACGACAAUUGCAAUUGCGAUGGUUACACCAACAGUAUCUGGACCUUGUCCAUCAGCAGCGCGACCGAGAACGGCCUCGUGCCUUGGUACAGUGAGGCGUGUUCGUCUACUCUCGCCACCACAUACAGCUCGGGUGCAACGGGUGAGAAGCAGGUCGUCACUACGGACCUACACCAUCACUGCACUAGUAGUCACACCGGCACGUCCGCGUCGGCGCCACUAGCCGCCGGUAUCUGUGCCCUCGCCCUCGAGGCGAACAGAGAUUUGACCUGGAGGGACAUGCAACACAUCGUGGUUAGAACUGCCAAGCCCGCGAACCUCCAGGCACCCGACUGGGUGGUCAACGGGGUCGGUAGAAACGUGAGCCACAGCUUCGGUUACGGACUGAUGGACGCCACUGCCAUGGUACGUUUAGCAAAAAGGUGGAGGACCGUUCCGGAGCAACACAAAUGCGAGGUAUCGGCGCCGCACACGGGCAGGCCAAUACCGCCAAAGAGCCAAUUGAUUCUCGACUUACAUGUCAAGGAGUGCAGCGGCGUUAAUUUCCUGGAGCACGUUCAGGCGAAGGUAUCGCUGAUGGCAACGAGACGAGGGGAUCUUCAGAUACAGCUAACGUCUCCUCAAGGCACGAAGAGCACUCUUCUUGCUAAGAGGCCGCACGACGUCUCGAAGGCCGGUUUCAGCCAAUGGCCAUUCAUGUCGGUGCACACGUGGGGCGAGAGACCGCAUGGCACUUGGAGAUUAGAAAUUCACAACGAAGGUCGAUACCUCGGACGCGCUACCCUGCACGAGUGGGCGUUGAUCUUCUACGGGACCUCGACGCUGCCCGAUCGCACCGAGUACGCGCUCUACAAUCCGGCCGGCAUGAGCGUACCGAGACGGCCGUUCGUGAAGCCGCGCGAGACCAGCUUCUCGAAGAGCCAGAACGCCUUGGCGAAGGGCAAGCAGGCGCAGCACAAGUCCGACAAGUCCGGGAGCCUGAGUCCGCCCUACGUGGUGAACGCGCAGAUACAGUCCCAGAGGAAAGGCAAAGCUCGCGGUCAGCACAAAAAUGGCAAAUCGGCCAGUCGACCGAACCCAAAGCCGACCGCUCAGACCCUCCGUGGUCUCACCGGGCUCAACAACAAGGGCCCAGGUGGCGUGGCCGGUGACGUGCGCUUAGUCACGUCAAGACCGCGCGGCCGCAGUACACCGAGUCCGAUCACCAGCACGGCGACCCAAGCGAUCGCCACGACCAAGACGCAGACCACUGCCACAUGCCGGCACAAGAUCGCCGACCUGAUGACCGCCUCGCCCCUCCAGAGGGGACUGAUCUUGUUGGAACCGCCGGCGAAGGAGGCCACUAACAAGGUCCCGGCGGUUUUCCAGCAGUAUCCCAAGAUCCAACAGCUUUAUCCGGUUUACGGCGGUGCUCGCGGUGUCGGACAGCAGCACGCCACAAGGGCCAAAGGACUCGACCUGCUCCAGGACGAGCAGUUUGACCCCAGGAACAUGGAUAAGGAUACACUAGAGGAGUGGAAGCUCGUGUUCUUCGGCACGGAAAACUCAGUGGAGAUAGGCGAUGAGCUGGACAAGGACAAGCCCCAGCCACCGGUGCGCCACCAAGAGACAGUGCAGGACAACGCGGCCACGGACCCUCGACAGAACGCCGUGGACACUGAGGGUGACCCAUGGACAGGUAGCCAGCAGGUGGACCGAGUCUCCCACCCGGAGGUACAGAGGCCAACGACGGAAAACCAGAGGAGCGGCUGCGCCACCUUCGAGGCCAGAAGUGGCAGGUGCCUAGUGUGCAAGCCGAACUGGUACAACGAUAACAACGGUGGCUGCUUGCAACAAUGUCCAUUGGGAACUUACGUGGUCCAGGAUUACGAUAAGAUGUUCUGCGUUAAAUGCCACUACUCGUGCCUAUCCUGCAAAGGUCCCAGCGACACGGACUGCGUCACCUGCCACGAGGAUUCGACGUUCACGUUGAACGACAACGGGGAGCAUUGCGUGUUGAACAAUAUCGUUUGGAAGAUACAGUCCACAAUGUGGUACUAUAGAAUGACCAUGCUGUUCUUGAUCAACAUUACUUUGAUGAUCGUCUUCGUCAUUUAUCUCGCGUCCUGCUGGUACAUCCGCCGGCGCAAAUGCGCCCAUGAAUACAAUCAAGUGUGGUAUACCGACAACGGCAAGGCUCGCGCGGACAUGGAACGAUUGCAGGAUAACACUUGCGUCUCUGACAGCGAGUGAGAACCAUUAACGUCGGGAAGUGCGAAAAUAUUUCAGCACAAUAUGAUAUUCAUGGGGACACUUUUGAGAGUAUUUUAAGAACAUCAGUAUUUGGUGAUACUACGGGAACUUUUGAAAAUGAUGCGAUAACAUUCUGUUGGUAUCCCGGGUUAGCAUUCCGGGUUAAUAUCCCAGGGAUAAUUAGAGAAAUAUCCUUAUAGUGCGAAAAUAGUAAAAAAAACUCUGCCAAUAUAUGUGCAAAACUAUUCGGAAUUUGAAUUUCCGAAAAGCGUUUUCCGAAACUAAAAAGAAACUGGGGGAAAUUUUGAAAACUCUUUAAAACGUCCAGUUUCUAUUUUAGUUAGGGAAAAAUUUAGAAUUUUCAUAGAAACAUGAAAAAUUCUUAAGAAUUACUUAAACUAAUUUUUAUAAACGAAAUAAUUUUGGAAAAGACCUGAAAAAUUUUUGCUUUUUUAAGAUAAUAUAAUGUUCCGCGAAAAUAUACUGAAACUGCUGUAAAAGAGCGUGUGGCAUCUUUACGAGACUGAUGGGGUAUAAAUAUUUCGAUCCACAAAUGCGCAAUAUAUAAGAUUAUUUCUAAGUAAUUUAUAGUAUUAAUAUAACGAGCAUAAUCAAUUUGACGUUCACGGACCGAUCAAAAAUCGAGAUAUGCAGGAAAUAAAAGAAACGUUAGGAGGAGAAGUAUAACAAAGAUUCCCUUCUCGCAAGGAAAAGUGUUUCUUUUCCUCUUGCUCCUCCAAAUAUUUUACAAACUUAUCUACUGCACGAGCUCAGAAUUCCGUCGUCGAGUUUAAAAGGUAUGCUGCACACUUUUGCGAGUGUGCGAGGAAUGCUCCUUUCGCAGCGGCAAUUCGCGGGACGUCCGGAACAUAAAGCGUUAAUGGCGCCGAUAGUUUCCUUUGAGACGAUCGUCACGUCGCGAUGCCAGUAUUGUAGCGAUAGUUUGCAACGGUCAGCCGUUUAUCGAUCCCUGGAGUGGACUAGCGCCAAGUAAUGUCCCUCGAGGCCAGUGAGUGAUUUCGUGCGAUUCAGUGAGUCUUAAGUACUUGCACGGACACAUCCGGACAUCUAUUAUGCGGUCAAGAGUGAGAGUGGUGAGCGCCACUUUGAAUCGCGGUUAUUCUGUCACGAGUAACUUUGUGCAAGACACUCGACCGAUGAUAAAAUGUCGUGUGACUUACGCAUAAAGCUAAAAAAGACUUUUGUAGGUUAAAAGAAUAGUCGCGUGUCAAAUAAUAACGAUAGCCGACGCACUCAUUCCUGGAUUUUCGCGGAAGCCUCAAUGCGCAGAGGCGGAAUGAUAUUUUUGAUUUAUUAUUAUUAUUUUAUGGAUUCGCGAGUCGUCGAGUUCCUAGAAUGAUGCGAGUAACACACGGCGCGAUUUGAUUGACAAGAUUGCCGCGCCGUACAGUAUAUACGCGCACGACGCGCGUCGUGCGCUGUAAUCCAGAGCGGUGAGGGAUUAAUUUCCAACAAAUAAAAACCGAAGAGAACAAACUUCAUUUUGUGAUUAAAUGAAAAAAAAAUAUUACGUAUGCUUUUGCGCGAGCAGUUUAUCUCAGUACUGUGAUACGCAUAGUAAGGUCAGUUGUAAGUAGCCAUCAUCCCUCUCUCAUCGCCCGCUGCAUUAACCCAUAAUUGUUACCAAUAAACAUUAAUUUGACGCGAUGUACAUUGUUCUUGUUAACGUUGUGAAUUUAAUAAAGCGAUAAAUGAUAA